AUAUGAUGCAUGGACCAUGUGGGAAUGGAAAUGAGAAAUCUCCUUGUAUGGUCGAGGGUAAGUGCUCAAAGCAUUUUCCUAAAAAAUUUACUGAAGAAACAUCAAUUGACGAUGAAGGAUUCCCAGUAUAUAGAAGAAGGAAUAAUGGUGUUUUUGUAGAGAAAAUGGGAAUAAGGAUGGAUAACAGUUUUGUUGUGCCUUACAACAGGGAUUGCAUAGUGAAGUUUCAAGGUCAUAUAAAUGUAGAAUGGUGCAAUCGAUCGAGAUCAAUAAAAUACUUAUUUAAGUAUAUUAAUAAGGGACCUGAUCGAGCAAAAGCUUGCAUUCAAACGUCAACAGAAUCUCCAAGUACUUCAAAUCAAAAUAUGACUGAUCCUGAUGAGAUAAAGUCAUAUUUAGACUGCAGAUAUAUAUCUGCUGUUGAAGCAUGCUGGCGGAUAUUCCAAUUUGAUAUGUUCUACAGAGACCCGGCCGUUGAAAGAUUACCUUUUCAUUUAGAGAAUGAGCAAACUGUUAUUUUUAAUGAAAAUGAUUCAUUGCCUGAAGUUGCAGAGAGACCAAGUACUGUGAGGACAAAAUUAACAGAAUGGAUGAUAGCAAAUGCAAAUAAUGAAGAUGCUCGAGAGCUUACGUAUACUGAUUUCCCUACAAAAUGGGUAUGGAAUGACAAGAACAGGUCGUGGACUAGAAGAAAAUUAGGGAAUUGCAUUGGAAGAAUUUACUUUGCUCAUCCUUCAAGUGGAGAAAAAUAUUAUUUGAGGAUGCUAUUGAAUGUUGUUAAAGGCAGUAAAUCUUUUGCUAAUAUUCGUACUGUAAACAACGUUGUGCAUCCAACAUUCAAAUCGGCAUGCUAUGCACUUGGACUAUUAGAUGAUGAUCGAGAAUGGUUUGAUUGCCUAAAGGAAGCAUCUAACUGGGCUACUGGUGACCAGAUUCGAAGAUUAUUUGCCACAAUAUUAGCUCAUUGUGAAGUUUCUAAUCCAGGUGAGUUGUGGAAAUCAAACUGCGAGAUACUAGCAGAUGGGAUAUUACACCGAUUAAGAAGCAGACCACACUGUAUCAAUGUCCACUUUACUGAAGAAGAGGUUUACAACCAUGCAUUAAUAGAUAUUGAUCAAUAUUUGAAAGAACUCGGCAAAUCUGUAAGAGAUUAUGAUGAGAUACCAAUGCCAGAUACCUCUACAUUCAGAAAUAUAAGCAAUACCCUUUUGCUACAAGAGAUGAACUACGACAUACGCCAAGAGAUCGAAUUGAAUGAUCAAUAUCAAUCAGGAUUAAACACUGACCAACAAGCAAUUUAUGACGCGGUGAUAAAUUCUGUUAACGAGCAAAAAGGAAAACUUAUUUUUGUUUAUGGACAUGGUGGUACUGGAAAGACCUUCUUAUGGAGAGCAAUCAUACAUAAACUUCGAUCCGAGUCAAAAAUAGUUCUGCCGGUUGCUACAUCUGGAAUAGCGGCUCUACUACUUCCGGGUGGUAGGACAGCCCAUUCAAGGUUCCACAUCCCGUUGGAAAUUAAUUCUGAAUCAGUUUGUGAUAUAAAACAAGGGACUCAACUUGCACAUUUAAUCCAAAGUACAGACUUAAUUAUAUGGGACGAGGCACCGAUGACUCAUAAAUUUUGUUUUGAAGCAUUGGAUAGAAGCUUAAGGGACAUACUGAAAUUCAAAUAUCCCAAUGCCGAAAAUCAACCUUUUGGAGGAAUAACCGUUGUUUUAGGUGGGGACUUUAGACAAAUCUUGCCUGUGAUUCCUAAAGGAGGAAAGAAUGAUAUAAUCAAGGCAGCGAUUAACUCUUCAUAUUUGUGGGAGCACUUUAAAGUUUACAGGCUACAUAAAAAUAUGAGACUCAUGAGUACUCAUAUUGAAAACAAUUGCAAUAAUUCAGUGGCUGAAUUUGAUAAAUGGCUUUUACAAAUUGGGGAUGGAAACUUAUCCUCUGAUGAAGACGACGAUUUAAUCGAAUUACCAACUGAGCUUUUGGUAUGCGAAUACGAAGAUCCUAUCACUGCUAUUGUGAAUGCAACAUAUCCAAACUUACUUCAACGAUACUCAGAAGACGAGUACUUGCAAGAGAGAGCCAUUUUAGCGCCAAAGAAUGACACUGUAAAAGAAAUUAAUCAAGUUGUUAUGGAACAAUUGCUAGAAGAUGCAGUUAGUUAUUAUAGCUCUGAUUUCGUAUGCAAAGCUUCUUCAAAUAUCAAUGAUCAAGACAUCCUUUAUCCCACCGAAUUUCUUAAUACGUUGAAGUUUUCUGGUGUUCCAGAUCAUAAUUUGAAGUUGAAGGUAGGUGUCCCUGUAAUGUUGAUGAGAAAUAUUAAUCAAUCUGCAGGAUUAUGCAAUGGAACAAGAAUGGUUAUAACACACCUUGGAAAAUGGUUUGUGCAAGCAAGAGUAUUUACGGGCAAAAAUAAGGGAGACGGCGUAUUAAUACCGAGAAUCACAAUGACUGAAACAGAUUCUAGGUGGCCUUUCAAGAUGAAGAGAAGGCAGUUGCCAUUAUCUGUGUGUUUUGCUAUGACUAUAAACAAGAGUCAGGGACAAUCUUUCAAGCAAGUCGGACUGUUAUUGCAAAAUCAAGUGUUUGCACAUGGCCAGCUCUAUGUAGCUCUAUCUAGAGUGACAUCAAAAAAUGGUUUAAAGAUACUCAACGCUGAUGAAGAAACUGGUGGAAGCCAAUUAAUUCGAAAUGUAGUGUAUCAUGAAAUUUUUUCCUCUAUUGGUACUGUCAAUGAGAUGUAAUUUGUCUGAAAUUUUUAUUUCUUGAUUUAUUGAAUUCAAUUUCUAUUAUUGAUUUA